UUGGAAAAGGACAAAUUUUUCAAAUUUGGCAUUGGCUUUGCGCUACACCUAAAUUAUAUAGAAAUAAAUUUAUUCCAAAAUUCAACAGUGAUUUCACAUAUAUUUCAUCAUAAACAUAAAUAUUUAUAGCCUAGCCGUGACUUCGCGUUUACCAACACCACGCCACUUAUCGAUAGCACCGAUAGGAACAGGCGAAAACAAUCAACAUCGAUGUCAACAAGAAAGGAAUCUUUGUGUUUUGCUGAUUUGCUGAAGAAAUAGCUGAGUAAGCCUCAAUUCGCGCGGAAAUUGCCAGCCAGCAUAAGCUCCCCAGCGCAGCAGGGGUCAGAGGUCGGCGGACAGCGAGCCACGAGCAGCGGGCAAAGGCGAGGCGCGGAGAAAGCUGGCACCCAAAGAGGAGCCCGCAAAGUGGCCAUUAAUUGGAUUAGCGUCCGCGCAGAACGAAGAAAACCCCGGUUCCACUAGCCAUUAAGGUCUGGCCCAGCAACGUGACCACAACCAGGAGGUCGAGGUCCUCACACAAGGCGAUCCCAGGCGCAGGACCAGCACAUCCGUCAGCAGAGAGGCGGGCAUCUUCGGCGAGCGUUACCUGCGGCUUCUGUGGCUUCUGCGGCCAGUCCGGCGACUCUGGUUCGGUUAUGCCCAGCGGCCGCCCUGGUACGCCGGUCGGGAAGCGGGAUUCGGGCGCUGCCUGCAGGCCAUCGACACACUGAGGCUCACCUACGGCCAACGUCCGCGGCAGCUGGCGCUGGCAGCCAUGUCCCUGAUGGCCAACGGUGGCGACCCAGGCGAGUCCAGCGACACGGACAGCCCGGCGGAGGCGGAACCCGAGGCCGAGGCGGAUGACCCUGUCGGGUUCAGGAUCCAGUCCAGGGAGCCGGUGCAGUCUGACCAGGGCUACUAUGUGGAGCAAUAUGUGCUGGGCGUCCUCGACUACAGCUCGCAGUAUGGCAUCGACUACAGCAUCUCGUACACGGCGGCCAACCUGAUCGGGAGGCCGGCCAAGUUUCCCGAGUACGGCGACUAUCCGGAGACCUUUCCCAUGCGCACCUACGGCGACUGGUGGCAGCGCGCGCCCUCGGCCACGCGGGAGAUUCAGCCCCAGAAUCUGCCCAAGCUGCCCACGCAGGACUUUGUUGUUGUGUACUUCGAGGAGUUCGUGGUGCCCACGGGCGUGGCCAUCUUUGAGACCUUCAAUCCGGGCGCCGUCGUCCGCAUCUGGUCCUACGGCCUGACCAAGCAGUGGACCUGCUUGUGGGAUGCCGCGGACAGCUAUCAGGAGCGGCCCGUCUUCGACUCGCGUUGCUUUCGGCCGCCGCUGAAGAAGACCUCGAUGGUGACGAAGACCCUGCGCAUCGACUUCAAUCACAGCCAACUCAACUACUACACGGCCAUCGACGCCAUCAUGCUGUGCGGGCGCACUGUCAGCCAGCCGCGCAGCCUUCUGGCCAAGCGGCGCUCGCAGCACCUGCAGAGCCAGCUGCUCGCCUCCCUGUCCCCGCCACCAGAGACUCCCAAGGUCGAUUCACCGAAGCCCGAUGGCAUGGGCGGACCAAUUAGUUGCAAGCUGCGCACACUGAAGUUCCAGCCCAAGUGCGACGAAGAUGGGGCCACCAAGCUGCAGGACUUUAUCACCAACGAUCUGAGCCAGUUCCUCAAGGAGAAUCGACUGGAGGAUGGCGGCGGCGUCGGUGGCGGCGGCGUGGAGGCGCCUCCGCCAGUCUCCCUCACGGAUCUGCCCUUCGAAAUCCUACUGCGCAUACUCAGCUACCUGGACCUCAAGUCCCUGUUCCGCGUGGGUCAGGUGUCGCGCACCUUCUACGACAUCUCCACGCAUCCGCUGCUCUACGCCGAGAUCAGCCUGAAGCCCUACUGGCACCUGGCCAACUCCGAGCUGCUCUGCACCCUGGCCCGGCGCGCCACCAUGCUGCGCAAGCUGGAUCUCUCCUGGUGCGGCGUAUUCAACACGGUCUCGCCCACCGAGUUCAAGAAAUUCCUGACCCAACGCGGCGAUAAUCUUACCCACCUGCGGCUGCACUCCUGCAGAUUUCUCAACGGCAGCUGCAUUGAGAACGUGGGCAUAGUCUGUGAUAACCUGAUAGAGUUGAGCCUGCGCAACUGCCCCACGGAUCCGCCGCUGCUGAACUUCUCCUGUCUGGCCAACCUCAAGAACCUGGAGCGACUCGAUCUCUGCCAAACGGCCUUCGAAACGGAGCUGCUGCUCAGCAUGCUCGAGGGCAACCGCAAGCUGAAGCACCUGAACCUCGCCUUCUGUGGUGUCUCCGUGAGCAUGGACAAUGUGGCCGACCACCUGGCCACCUACAACACGCAGCUCGUCACGCUGGACCUGUGGAAGGCUCACUUCCUGUCGGCCAGGGGGCUGCAGUCGCUGGCGCGCCUGCAUCAGCUGGAGGAGGUCGACUUGGGCUGGUGCCUUAGGGAGGCAUCGCUUGGAGACGGCCUGCUGCAGCUGCUGUCCAACUGCCCCAAGCUGAAGAAGCUCUUCCUGUCGGCGGUGCGCGGCAUCACCGAGCGCGAUCUCAUGCAUAUUGCCGAGCUGGGCGCGAACCUGGAGCAACUGGACCUCAUGGGCAUUCCAAACAUCACGCACGAACGUAUUUAUGACAUUCUGGUUCGCUGUCCCAAGCUAGAAUUGCUCGACGUGAAUUUCUGCGACAACCUCAUGGAUUACGCAUUGCUGGCGAAAUGGUCGCGUCGGUUCAACGUGGACAUCAAGAUGAGUCACCGCCGCGAAUUGAUUGAAUAGAAGAAUAAGGACCUUGUGGGCACACUGUGGUACCAUGAUUGGAGAACCUUGUAUCCUAUAUGUGGCCCUCUCUCUCCGUUUGUAGUAAAAUGUUAUCUAUAUGCUGUUAUAAAUAUGAAACAUUUUAUAUUAAACCUGGCGACUUUUUCAUCACAACUAAA